CUCCCAGCUGAAACCAGCACUCAGGAUAAUGGCACCCACUGCUCUCUCCCUGGAAAUCCUAACGCCCAAAGAGAAGAACAGACUCAGGAAACCCAUUGUAGAGAAACUGCGCCGGGAUCGGAUUAACAGCAGCAUCGAGCAGCUGAAGCUGCUCCUGGAGAAGGAGUUCCAGAGGCACCAGCCCAACUCCAAGCUGGAGAAGGCAGACAUCCUGGAGAUGACUGUCAGCUACCUGAAGUACAGCCGAGGUGAGCGCAUCCCCCAGCCGUGCCUGCUGUCCUUACUUCGAGGCAAAGCUCCAGCCCGAGUCUCCCUGUGUAACCCUUCUCUCCUCCCUGCCCCCACAGCUUUCGCAGCCUCCGCCAAGAGCCUGCAGCAGGAUUACUGCGAGGGGUACGCCUGGUGCCUCAAGGAAGCUCUGCAGUUCCUGUCUCUCCAUUCGGCGAGCACAGAAACCCGCACGAAGCUCAUCUGCCACUUCCAGAGGCCACCAGCAGCGCCCAAGGACCCUGGUUCUUCUUCUGCACCGCCUUCCACCCACCAGCCCCCAGCAAAACAGGCAGCACUGAAACCCUCCUGCAGCCUCUGGAGGCCUUGGUAGCCCAAGAGCAUGCCCACGGCUUUCCUGGACAUUGCUGUACUCCAGAGGAGACUGUGACUUGCCGUCCAAGUCCCCCCGCUCCUCUCAAGAGUAGGGAAGAACAUUUCCCCUUGGCAGAGCAUUGCUGUGCUCGGAUAUCUGCUUCCCUUCUUCCAGAAGGACUGAAAUGAUCCCACCACGUGGAGAGAAAGUUGUUCUCAAAGGACGUGAGAUGUAUUCCUCCUGCUAGGAGGACCAAGAGGUGUUGUUCAGAGAAGGACACCGCCUGUUCUUAACCUUAGUGAGGUUGCACAUGUAUGUCUGUUGAGAAAGCAGUAACUUCUGAGCCGUUCUGGCUAGCAUUUUCACAAGUGUCCAUUCAGCAGCAGCCCUUCCCUCUGACCUGCCUCACUUGAGACACUUCUAAACGUCCCAGGCUAUCACACCUGUACUGCCUGGCUGCAGCUAUGGGGCCUGGGGGGUGGUGUCUCAAGCAGAGCAGCUGCUCAAACUGGACACCUGUGAAAAUCUAGCCUUGCUGUGGGGGGUCAGAAGGGGUUCUAUGAUAUUUGUAGACUGUAUUGAGCAUGCUCUGGAAAAAAACAACAUAAUAGUUAAACCAUAACCCAAAGUAUGUAGAGGAAAUUCCUCGGGAUGUCUUGCUCACAACGCGAGGGUACUGCUUGUGAGGUUCAGGAUACGUUUGCCUUUUAUAAAGGCAAAAGCUCAGCUCCAUAUCCUUAUAGGAAAGAAAAGUUCCAGCUGUGCUGUCGAUUUUACAGGAGCUACUUAUCAAAGCCUUUCAUGAAAGGCAGGUGUACAAAUUGUAUUUGCUCUUUGGUACCCUACCAGCAGGGGAGAACGAAUUCCUUACUGUCCUUGCGGGACGCUGCGCCGUGUUUUAUGUGUGAGCUGCACCAACGGUGCGACCUGUGCCAGGAAUCACCCUGGGCACGUCAGGAGGGGCAGAAACCUUUUACAGUACACACAAUAAAUAAAAAUCCAGUUGACAAAUCCA